AGAUAAAGUGUAUUUUAUUCUACACGCGGCUAUAAGCACGGCACCCUUCAUGGUGUUACAAUAAUGAGGGUAUACCUAGCCAUUCUUCUGCUUGGAAUCCUCCAAGAUUCGGAAUGCCAAGGCUCCGAAGAAGAUGCCAAGAAAUGGUUAAUGGAAUAUAACGUGGCAUUUGGAGAAAUGCUUAAUGAACAGGUGAAUGCUGAUUGGACGUAUAACACUGAUAUAACAGAUAAAAAUGAACAAAAACAGGUUGCAGCAACUGUUAAAUUAUCAGAAUUCAACAAGGAAGCUGCUAACAAUGCAUCCACGUUUGAUUGGAAGAAUUUUAACGAUGCCGAUAUUAAACGCCAGAUGAAGAAGGUUUCAGAUAUUGGUCCAGAUGCUCUGAAAGAUGCUAAAAAGGUUCAACAGUUAAACGAGGCUAUAUCCGGUAUGACGUCAAUAUACAGCAAGGCCACCAUUAACCUCAACAAUGAAACACUACAGCUUGAUCCAGGUAUAAGUGAACUUCUGGCAUCUUCCCGGAACUAUGAACUACUACAAGAAGCCUGGAAACUAUGGCGUGAUGCAUCUGGUGCGAAGAUGAAGACCAUGUAUCAGACGAUGGUAGAACUCAGCAACGAAGGAUCCAAAGAAAACGGUUACCCAGAUACAGGUGCCUUUUGGAGAACACCUUACGAAGAUGCGGAUUUUCAGGACAGCGUAGAAGAACUUCUGGUACAACUGAAGCCGAUGUAUAUGGAGCUCCAUACAUAUAUUCGUAAAAAGUUACGUGAUUUAUAUGGGGCGGAUAAAUUCCCAGCAUCCGGUCAUAUUCCUGCACAUAUUCUAGGUAACAUGUGGGCCCAGCAAUGGAAUAAUAUAUACGAUAUAGUCAUACCAUAUAAAAAUAAACCCAGUGUUGACGUCACACCGGAACUCAUAAAACAGAAUUACACGGUCGAAAGAAUGUUUAAAACUUCAGAAAGUUUCUUCACCUCCAUUAAACUAGAAGAAAUGGUGCCCUCGUUUUGGACGGAUUCGUUAUUUACUCGCCCUGCAGAUAAACAAGUCGUCUGUCACGCUUCAGCCUGGGAUUUCUACAACGCUCAAAAUUUCAGAAUAAAGAUGUGUACUAAAAUCAACAUGGAGGACCUGAUAACAAUACACCAUGAAAUGGGACAUGUGGAAUAUUUUCAACUUUAUAAAGAUCAACCGGAAGUUUACAGAGAUGGCGCUAAUCCAGGUUUCCAUGAAGCCAUAGGUGAUACCAUUGCUCUAUCUGUGGCCACACCAAAACAUCUUAGAGAGAUAGGUCUACUGGCACCAGGAGCCGAUGAUUCUGAAGCUGAAAUUAAUUUUCUGAUGAGUAUGGCUUUGGAGAAGAUAGCUUUCUUGCCAUUUGGAUAUUUAAUCGACCAAUGGCGAUGGAGUGUUUUUAGUGGAGAAACUCAACCAGACCAAUACAACCAACACUGGUGGGAUUUAAGAUGUAAAUAUCAAGGAAUUUCGUCACCAGUAAAACGAACCAAAGACGAUUUUGAUCCUGGUGCCAAAUUUCAUAUUCCAUCAAAUGUUCCUUACAUCAGAUAUUUUGUAAGUUUUGUGAUACAGUUCCAGUUCCAUCAAGCUCUAUGUAAAGCUGCUGGUCAUACUGGUCCGUUACACAGGUGUGAUAUAUACAGAUCAGAGGCAGCUGGUCAGGCACUCAGAACGGCAUUAAGCCUAGGAUCAUCUAAACCAUGGCCGGAAGUGAUGACCAUCUUGACUGGUCAAGCUAAAAUGGACACUGGACCUCUUCAGGAGUAUUUUACACCACUGACCGAAUGGUUAAAGUUGCAGAACAAGGAUGAGAAGAAGGGAUGGGAUGAAAGUUGUCCUGAAACUGAUGAAGCAGCUGAAGAGUUUCUCAGAGACUACAACACCAAAGUCCAAGAUGUGAAUUAUCGUACAAGUGUUAUCAGCUGGAAAUAUUCUACUAAUGUCACUGAUACAAACGAAGCAAACAGGAUACAAGCUGAAUUGAAAGCUGCUGAGUUUACAAAAGAGGCGGCUAAAAAUGCUUCUAACUUCGACUGGAAACAGCUUGAUAACUGGUCAUCUCGUCGCAAGUUUAAAUUCAUCACUAACAUUGGAACAGAUGCAAUGACAAAUAAAACAAAAAUAGAAAGGUUGAGUACAGUAGUAUCCAAGAUGGAGGAAAUUUUUAGUAAAUAA